GAGAGAAGGAAGGAAACCUAGGGCUUAGCAGGUGUCAUCCCUUUUGUCUACUCAGACCUGUGGAAGGCAUAGGAGAAAACAAGGCAGGAAAAGGAUUUCAGAGAUUCAGCUAAGUAUUCCCAGGUAUUGGACACACCAUGGCUCCACGCUUGCGGCGACGGAGGCACAAGAAAUCCCCAUCAGUGGCUCCCAUGGUUGUGACCCCACCCACAGUUGUGACUCCUCUGCCUCUGACCCUCUCAAAACCUGGCCCUAGCAUUGAUGCACAUGGCUUCUUCUCCUUGGACAGAAACGUUCCUGGUCUAUCCCAGCUUAUCCUUCAAAAGCUGAACAUGAAAAGUUAUGAAGAAUACAAGUUGGUGAUAGAUGGGGGUACCCCUGUAUCAGGCUUUGGAUUUCGAUGCCCUCAAGAAAUGUUCCAGAGGAUGGAGGACACAUUCCGAUUCUGUGCUCACUGUAGAGCACUCCCUAGUGAACUUUCAGAUUCCAAAGUCCUUCGGCACUGUAAGAGGUGCAGAAAUGUCUAUUACUGUGACCCAGAGUGCCAGAGGUCAGAUUGGCCAGUACACAGGAAGGUUUGUCAAGAACUUCGUCUUGUGGCUGUGGAUCGUCUCAUGGAAUGGCUUCUGGUCACAGGUGAUUUUGUCCUACCCUCAGGAUCUUGGCCAUGGUCGGCUGAAGUUGUACAGGACUGGGAUACCUGGUUUUCUAUGAGGGGAUUGCAGCUAGAUACUACACUGAAUGCUAUGCUAGGCAGUCAUGCUAUGACCUCCUUAUGGGCCAGCGUAGGAAGGCCAAGGCCAGACCCAGAUGACCUGCAGGGCUCUUUGAGGAGACUCCUGACAGAUGUUCUGUCAAGGCCUUUGACUCUUGGCCUAGGGUUUAGGGCCCUAGGGAUAGAUGUUCGGAAGACUGGAGGAAGCACAGUGCAUGUGGUUGGUGCUUCCCAUGUGGAGACAUUUCUCACUCAUUCUGGGGACUAUGAUGAGCUUGGCUAUAUGUUUCCUGGACACCUUGGCCUCCAUGUGAUCAUGGUGGGUGUAGAUGUAUCUGCUGACUUUUUACACGGCACCUCAGCUUCACCUCUGGAACCUGGCACAAUUCAGCUUAGUGGCCAUAGGAGCCUCUAUCAUGACUUCUGGGAAGAGCAGGUAGAGACUGGGAAGCUAUCCUAUCCAGAUAUGGUGGCAGCAUUCCAUCCAGGUUUUCAUGCCUCCCUGAACUUGAUGGAAGCUUGGCUGCCUACUCUGCUGCUACUUCGUGACUAUAAGAUCCCUACAUUGAUUACUGUUUACAGCCGUCAGGAAUUGGCAGCCUCUUUGCAGAUUUUGGUGAACCUUGAUAUACACAUCACUGCAUAUGGAGCUAACCCUUUCGCAUCCCUCAAACCAGAACAGGUCUAUUGCAACCCCAACAAGCAACCAGUAUACUGCAGUGCCUACUACAUCAUGUUUCUUGGAAGCUCCUGCCAGCUAGAUACAGACAAUUAGAAGACAAAGUGGAUGGUGUGGUUUAAAUAGCUGAACCAAAUCUUAACUGAAUAUCUGGAAAGUAGGGCAGUUAUAAUGAAAUUACCUCAAUGAUGCCAGAUUGUUGCCAACUUUGAAACAUACUGUAUCCUAAGCCCCAUUUAUUAUCCGGGUAAAGAUUCUAGACUGAAUGAGAGCUCCACUAUGAUAUGACUCAUUUCUGAAAGUUUAGACAUAAUACCUUGUAAAGAUUGGUUUCUAGAUUUAGUGGGUGGCACGAGGCCCAGGUGUCAGUCUUUCCAGAGUCUAGAGUUCUUAACUAGAGAGAAAAUUGUACCUUUUUGUGGGAACCAGAUGGCCCUGAAGAGAAGAAUGAGAACUACCUAUUCUUCUGAAAAAACUUUCUUAUCUAAGAGUUUGGGCUACAAAAUGGAGAUGUCAAUGACUUGAAAGUCAGAGAAGAAUGGAAAAGUCAGAGAAAUUGUUGGUAACAUGGGGUACAUUUAAGGAUUGGUAUACUGUCUUAUUUCUUGUUUUUUGGUUUUUUUUUUUUCCAUCUAGAGGAUUGUUUCAUUUUCCUGUUGUCUUUUGGGGAAUUCUGACACUAGAGUGACCCUCUUGUUGUUUUCUAGAUAUCUUGGACAUAUCAAUCUUUACCUGAAUAUAUUGGAGUUGUAUCCCUUUCUCACAAUUAACUUAAUUUGGGACUUUUUAAAAAAAAUGACAUGGGGUCCCUCUGUGUGAUCAAAGUUAACUGAACUCCCAGGCUCAAAUAAUCCUCUUGCCUCAGCCUCCCAAGUAUCUGGAGCUGGAGCUAUACACAGUCAUCACCACACCUAGCUUCCUAAAUCACUUGUUUUCUUCUUUUUUAUUUUAUUUUUUGUGUGUGUGUUGGUGGGGAGGAGGGAUACUGGGGAUUGAACUCAGGGACACUCAACCACUGAGUCACAUCCCCAGCCCUAUUUUGUAUUUUAUUUAGAGACAGGGUCUCACUGAGUUAUUUAGUGCCUCACUUUUGCUGAGGCUGGCUAUGAACUGAGCCAAGGCCCUGGGAUUACAGGUGUGUGCCACCACACGGGCUGUUUUCCUGUUUCCUAUUUCCUGUCAGGUAUUACUCAUCUGCAUACAACACUUCAAGAUUAGAAGUUUCUCUCUUGCCAAGGAGUGAUUAGCAUCAAACUGUUUAGACCUACCACUCUACCACACACUUGUCUAUUGUUAUCCUUCUUUUACUACCCUCUCAGGAUUAGGAAAUUCCCUAGGUAUUCAUUUCUAAAAUCUUGCCAUGAGCUUCAUACACACAUAAAACCUGUCAGUUCAACACACACGCACAUAUAUACUCUCAUUGCCCACUUGUAUGGGGUAAUUUUAGAAUUCAUUUAUUCAUUCAAAACAUGUAGUACCUACUUUGUGAAAGAUAUAGUAUUAUUCUUUUUGGAAAAUAUAAAGGUGAAUGAAACAUGGUCCUUAUUGUUGACCUAGGAAGAGAAAUAAAUUGUAUACAGAUAUAUCUUUAUUGCAGAGUAUAACAUGCAAAGACACAUGCGAGAGGCUGCUAAGGAAAUAGAGUGGAAAGAGAUCACUUUGCUAAAUGGUACUUAAGAUAUUGUCAAUUAAAAUGUUAUAAAAUUGAUGGCAGGGUGUUCUAGUCAGCUUUUUUGCUUCUGUGACUAAAAGACCUGACGAGAACAAUUGUAGGGGAGGAAUAGUUUAUUUGG